AUGAACGACAUCCGGGAUGAGAUUCUCAACGCCCUGACUGGAUCUAUGGCCACCCAGAGCAUGAUCAGCAAAGAGUCUUUCGAUUCCGGCAUUGGUCGUGAUGACAUUCUCAGUGCAGUCACCGAUGGCCUCGAAGCGCACUUCACCACCGCAAAGGACAUGGAGGAGCCUCGCAUUUCCACAUCUGAUGUUGUGAAUGCUAUCAACGAUGCAUUUAAUGCUCAGCAGUCUGCUCUCAGCACUAGCCUCGCACCCCCCACCAUCUCUCGCGAGGACAUUUUGGCUGCCAUUGCCGAUGGUAUCGAGAUCGCCAGUAAGCCUCAAGAACCCUCAGCGCUAUCUCGCGAGGAGAUCACAAGUGCCAUUGCCGACGCUAUGGAGAUCGCUCACAAGCCCGAAGUAUCGUCCUCACUCUCUCGCGAUGACAUCCUCAGCGCUGUUUCUGAAGCGUUGGAGAACUCACGGGAAGUUGAGCAGUCGGCCUUGACUACCAAUGUCCAGCAGCCCUCUAUCACCAGAGAGGAGCUGUUUAACGCAGUCGUUGAUGGCAUCGAAAGCGCUAACACUAUGACCCGUGAAAUUGAAUUAAACAAGGAUGAUCUCAUGGAAGCCAUCAGUGCCGGUCUCCAAGAGGCGACGGCUGCUACGAAUGUCAAUAUUGGCGAUGAGGUGCUGAGCCGCCUCCAGGAGGUUGUUGAUGAUAUGAAAGAGGAGUUCAAACAGUACUCCGCUGCGAACGGCAAAGACACCGAGCAGGUCCUGGACGCGGUCAAGGAUGGUCUUGAUGUUGUGCGAAAGGAGAUCGAGACUUAUGUGAGCGCAGCUCAUGAUGGAACCGACAAGCUUGAGAUCAUCGAUACCGUUAAAGAAGGUUUCCGUCUACUUCAAGCCGACAUGGAGAAGACCAUCAAUGACGCUUCUCUGUCUAAUGUUGCACGAGGCACACCCGAUACUCCAGAACUUCUGGAAGCUAUGGAGAAAGAAUUCGAGCAUCUCCGUGGCACUAUCAGCACUCUUCUUGUUCGUGAUAACGCCAGCAGUGACAAGGAUGAGAUUCUCGACGCUAUCCGGGAGAUGGGCGAACACUCAACUGCUAAGGGUGUCGAUGAAGAGGUUCUGAACACCUUUAAGCAGGAGUUCCAAAAUAUGCGUGAGCGCAUGGAAAUGACCGUUGUUCGUUCCGAGCCUUCUUCCGAAAAGGAAGAUAUACUCGCUGCCCUCCGCGAACACUUCGACAACCUCCGUGAGGAGACUCGCGCCAAGGAUGGCACCGAAAGUAUGCUGUCCACCACUAGCGAAUUGCUUGAUGCCUUUAAUGAUGGCGUUGAUUCCAUCCGUGAGGAUAUCAAGAAGGUUGCGGAGAAGCCAACCGAAUUUGACAGCUCGGAAAUCCUCGACACCCUCAAAGAUGGCCUAGCCGUUUUGAGAGUUGAUAUCGAGGGCCUCCGUGAAGCGCAGAAGAGCAAGGAAAUGGACGAGGAGGAGACGGCCCGCGGCGGCGAGCUCACGCUUGCUAGAGACGCCGAGAUUGGAAGUGGCAUUGAGAGCCUCAAGACACUCAUCACCGACCUUCAGGACAAAGUUGAGGCCAUCGACUCUACUCCUCGUGCCGCCGAGCCCGCCGAAGAUGCUUUGAACAAGGGUCAUAUGGAUGAAGUUCUUGUUGCCAUCCAGGAAGUUCAAGUCGCCAUUGGUGAGAUUGCUGCCAGUAAUGACCUCCACGAAAACGCCGCUCGGAAAGAAGACACCGACGCGAUUCAGGAACUUCUCAUGGGCACCAAGACUCAUCUCGAGGGUUUGGAGUUCCCUGCUUCUGACACUCUCGCUACAUCUGAGCACAUUGGCAACCUUGAGACCAUGAUCAAAGAUGCGAAAGAUACUAUCUCUGACCUUUCAUCUCGUAUGGAAGCCGAAGCCCCUACUAAGGCCGAAGUCGGUGCCCUUGAAUGUCUUAUCAAGGACGUCUGGAUGGCCUUGGAAGAGCUGAAGGGAAAGACCAAGGAAGGCGAAGAAGAAGCCGAGGACUCCGACAAGCUCAUGAAGUCUGAUCUUCAGACCGUGGAGGCCAUGAUCUUUGAAGUCAAGACUCAGGUUGACGAGUUGAAGCUUCCUGACGUGGAGACACUCCCAACCAAGGACGAGAUUCAGGAGCUCUCCACCCUCGUCACCGACUUCCGGGAGAAGAUGGAGGCGAACAACGAUAUGACUGCUCAAGGCUUCGAGGCUCGCAAGAUUGAGCAUGCUGGUCUCCACGAAAAAAUUGAAGAAGCCAAGUUCGUCGUUGGAGAGCUUGGUGAUGAGCUCAAGAGCAGGCUUGAUGGCAGCAGUGAGGGCCUCACCGAGCUCAAGCAGCUUCUCGAGGGUCUGGCCCUCACUGCCGAGAACUUUUCCACCGUCGAGAGUGUCAAGGAGCUGACCGAACUCAUCAAUCGUGAAUUUGAGCGUGCUCGUGGCGAGGAAGAUGCCACGAAGUUGGGAAAAGAGGAACGCGAUGCUGCUACUAUGGUCAAGCACGAUGAGACCCGGGCUGCCAUUAUCGUGGAACUCGGAGCGAAGAUUGAUGAGAAGCUCGGAGAAGUCAUCGCCAAGUACGACGAAGCUCAUACUUCUCUUCACUCCAAGUUCUCGGAGACCGAGGAUCGUGAUAUGGCACACUCCGAGGCUGUGACCAACAUCAAGGCACUCGCUGAAGAGAUCAAGCUCGUCAUUGGUGAAGUUGGCAGCACUGUCAACGAGAGUUGUGAGCGGAUGGCUGUGGACACCAAGACCCUCUUGGAGAAGGUUGAUGAGUCCUACAACCGCAUGGAGGAGAUGCAAAACGAUGUCAGAUCUCAGCAGGAGCAAUCUAAGGAGGGCAGCGAGAGAGCUGUAGCUGCUACAGAGCGUGUAGAGAGCAAGCUUCUUGAGUUCAACCCUCAAAUUCUGGAGACUGUUCAGCAGAUCUUGGAUGUUGUCAGCCAGCACUACGACCACUCUCAGAAGUCCACCGAAGACUUCAAGUCGGAGUUGUCUGCACUCCCGAAUAACAUUCCGAGCUUGCUUCCUGCUCUGAUGCCUCCCCCGGAAUCCGAUCGAGAUCUUGAGGACAGCCCUGUGCACACAAAACUAAACGAUCUCUUGGAGCAUGCCUCCAAAAAUAGCCAGGUGCAUGAAGUUCUAAACACCUUGCUUGAACACUCCAAGAACGAUCAGCUCCAUGAGAAGCUUGACCGAGCUUUAGACCAAGGCUCUGGGAAUGAUCAGAUCUAUGAGAAGCUUGACAAGCUUCUUGAGCAUGCUACCACCGGUGAUGGCUCUGUUCACGAAAAGCUUGAUUCCUUGCUCAGUCGGCCCGUCACUGCUGUCGAUCCUGAGCAAUCUGUUACUCAGAUGAUGAAGCUGGACGAGAUGCACCGGGACAUCAUGGAGAAUACUCGUAAGAUGAACGAGAUUUUCGCCGCCCAAUCUGUCCUCGUCGCUGAGGAUACAGAACGGAAACGCCGGGAGGCCGAGGAGGCUGCUAUUGCCCUUGAGCGUAGGAUCGGGCAGCGCGAGCAGAUUGAAGCUGAGCUUGUGGGCCUGCACGAGGAGAAAGAAUCCUUGCUGAAGAUGCUCCAAGCUCUUAAGGCUGAGAAGGAUGAUAUGACCAAGCAAACCCAGAAACUGAGCAAGGACCUUUCAGGUCUUGAGACUGCUCUUGAGAUCCGCCACGAAGAGAUGCAGCAAAUGGAGGACCGCGCCGAUGGUCUCGAAAAGCGCAUCUUGGAGGGUGUCCUUGACCAUGCUCGCACUGUGCUCCUCAGUCGGUCCGGCAGCUUGUCGUCUAUGAACCUCAAGAGGAACCGUAGUGUGCGUUCUUCUCGGGCUGGUGCUCGCAGCCCCAGUGCUAUGAGUAAUACGACCGCAAACACCGCCAAGGACGCCAAGGAUCCCCGGAGCAUUAUCGGUAACGGGGUCGGCAUGGCGCUCAAACGCCGUGUGCCUAACAAUUUGCAGGCGGGCACUACUGCUGUUCAGCCCAACAUUGGCAAGGAGCGCCGCAUUCUCAGCCUCAGCCAUGUAACGGGUAACCGAGGCGCCAGUGGUGGACUCACCAACCUGAAACGCAGCAACUCGGUCAAGUCGGACUUCUCACUCCGCAAAUCCUCUUGGGCUGGUCACAGCUCUAUUUCCAACAAGGAGAAUGAGAUAUUCCGCGAGGAGGACGAGCAUGACAGCGACCCCGAGAGCGACGCCGGCACAGAGAGGAGAACCAGCUAUGCCCCGUCAGACAGGGAGUCAAGCUAUGCCGAUACAGAGCGCAGGUCUAGCUACGCUGAGACUAUUACCGACAGUGUCGUGACCGGGCCUACUGAGAGCGUUGUGUCGGAGGACCGUCGUACAAGUGGUAUGAGCACUGCCACUGGACACGAAAGCUCCAUUGCUGGUGAUAGCCACAUGGACGAGAGCUAUGUUGGGUCAGAGUCAGAUGCAGAUGAUGCCCAAACAGCGCGUGAGAGUUACUACGAGCGCGACGAGGAAGAUGAUGACCCUAACAACGAGUACCGAAAAUCAAUUGUGAAGAAUGAAGACGAGGUGCACGAGGGCAUCGAUGAAGAAAUUGAAGCGACCCCCUCUGCUAUGGAAGCUGAAGCUCGGAAGCUUCUUGAGACACCUGCUGACAGCGGGCUGGGCUCGGAGAUGGCAGUCCAGUAG